CCUCUCUCGUUAAACAGUAUUGCGUCCCUUAUCCCAUUACCCAAGCCAUUCGUCUGAAUCCAGUACGGAUAACCGCAAAGGGCAACUCUCACCACCCCGAAAUUGUGAUAAACCGCCAUUAAUCACACCCACCACUGAAAUGGCACCCAUCAGAAUCACCCUCGACAAAUCCAACUCUCUCGCCAUCCCUGCCCAACCUCUGACUCCGGCCGAGUUCGCCCCCUUCGGUUCCGUGGUCCAGAACCCUCACCCUUCUAUCCACCCCAGCCCGUCCCUCCCCACGAACCUCGCCUACAACGCCGUGUCGGCGAAUCAAGGCACGGCAAUUAAAUAUCAGCAUCUAUCCCGUCCCCUGGACUUGUACGCUUCUGCCCCGAGCAAAGUUUCCUCCAAACCAGUCCUCAAUAUCUUCGUCUGCGCCGCCCGCCCUCUUCGUCUCCGGCCCCCUCCGCUGCCAUCAUCUUCAUCAUCCUCAUCCUCAUCCUCAUCACCCUCACCCUCACCCUCACCCUUACCCCCCAGGGGUGGCGCGGGUCUCUUCCUCGUCACGAUCCUCGAACGCCACCCGUUCACGACACAAACAUUCGUGCCCCUGGCCCAGGGACCAGCCGCUCCGGCAAGCAGCUACCUCGUCAUUGUGGCCCCGAGCCUCCCCCCCGGGCCCCUGGACCAACAUCUUCCCUUUCCCCCGUCUUCGCCGCCGUCGUCGGAUGGGACCGGAGACGAGAAGCGGGAGGAGCAAAGCGCGACGGUGCUGCCGGCCCGUGGUGUCCCUGACCUUCGUAACCUGCGCGCCUUCAUCGCCGGCCCGGGCCAAGGCGUGACGUACGGCGCGGGGACCUGGCACGCACCUAUGGUGGCGCUCGGUCCGCCCGGCGCGGUGGUUGAGUUCGCCGUCACGCAGUUCGCCAACGGCGUCGGGGAGGAAGAUUGCCAGGAGGUCAUCUUCGGGGACCGGCAAGGCGAGGGCGAGGGCGAGGGCGAGAUUGUGGUUGAGGUCCCUGGCCAGAUUGCCCUCGCUAAGCUGUGAUAUGGGGGGUCGGGGGGGGGAUAGAGAGAAUAGAGAGAAUAGAGAGAAUAGAGAGAAUAGAGAGAAUAGAGAAAAUAGAGAGAAUAGAGAGAAUAGAGAGAAUAGAGAGAAUAGAGAGAAUAGAG